AUGCCUCCCUGCGCGACCAGCCGCCACACCGGAGGCUCCACGCGCUUCUCCGCGCACCGGCAACCAACGCACAACUUCCCGGCCGCGCUUCCUCCAAGCACGCAUUCGUGCGCACAGCCUCCGUCCAAGCCCGAGCGCGCGCAACGACAGCCCCCUCCGUUCGCUCGGCAGAUGGCAGACGCCGCCCGGUGCUUGGGGCGGGAGCGGACGCCUCGGUACGAACGGGUCCUCCGCGUGCACCGCAGGACAUGCCGCCGAGUCUCGAGCCCGCGGCCGUCUGCCACCGCUGGUCUGUCUUGGCUCGCAAUGCGGGCGUGCAUGGGGUCCCCCUUGCCGGGGCGCGCGCCUGCGCAGCAGGCCGCUCUGGGCGUUGCGGGUGUGUUCGCGUCCGAGUGGAUCAUUGUAUGCGCCGCCGGCAGUCCAGAAUGA